UCCUCAGAAGAAGAAGGACCGGAAGUAGGAAGAGAGUUAGCGUUUUAUUGAAAACAUUUUAAAGCUGUUUCUUUCUUCCUGGACUCUCAGAAUUUUUGUAUUUAGUUUUACUGUCUGAAACACUGUGAACAUGGAUGAAUCACUCGUUCGAUCUGUGAUUCCUCGAGAGCUGGUUGACGUUCUUGGUGUGGAGCCUCAGAGCAGCUCUAAGGCGGCAGCAUUCACCCAGGCCUUCCUGAAGAGCAGCAUUAAACCGUCUCCAUGCAACGACAUGCAGACGAUGCUAACUCACAAGGCUGUGAUUCUGGGAUACACAAGGCCGAAGAGAGAGAGAAAAAAGAAACACAGCAAGAAAGCCAAAGGACUAAACUCUCGGCAGAAGAGAGCGAUGAAGAUCUUCCAGAUUAAACCUGAACAGCAGAGGUAUGAACUGUUCCUGCCGCUACACCAACUCUGGAGACAGUACAUAGUCGACCUGUGUGGUGGACUGAAACCAACAUGCAGUCCUCAGUUUGUGCAGCAGAAGUUCCUGAAGGCAGACUUCCACGGGGCCAUCAUCACAGUGGUCCGGUCUAAAUGUCCAUCCUAUGUGGGGACUACAGGGAUUCUCGUGCAGGAGUUUAAACAUGUCUUCAAAAUCAUCACCAAAGAGGAUAAAGUGAAAGUGAUUCCUAAGAGGAACAGUGUGUUUUCUGUGGAGAUCAAUGGCUUUGUCUCACACAUCUACGGGAGCAAGUUUGAGCAGAGAGCCAGUGAACGCUCCGCCAAGAAGUUUAAAGUGAGAGGAACCAUCGACCUGUGACCUGAAUCAUCGGUGUGAAAGUGACUUCCCAUCAUCCUCUGCUCCUUUCAGCUGUUUGACGACCUGCAGCAGCAAGGCUGAUGGACUACAGUCACAUUUUAAGGACAUAAACAGUUGCCACAAGACUUUCACACAAACUGUCACCAUCUUAUCAGAGGAUCUCUGAAAAGUGUGCAGACUUGAGAUCAGCUUUGACAUGGGAAGUAUUUCACCACGUCCUCUUGAGAGGUUUUCCCAGCUAGAAAUGCUGCCUUACAAGCUGGAGGUGGCAAGUUUUCCAGGUGAGAGGUGAGACUCCUAGCAGAUGGAUUCACUGCAUGUUUGGUAAAAAGCUGUGAAACUGUCUGGGGGUCCCAGUCAUGCAAUUCGCUGCUGUUACACAAAGGCCUGGAUCGUUUAUGACACAAUAUUUGUGAUGGCUGUAAAGAUGAACACUUCUUUGGUCCAUCCUCUGUCCACUGCAGCUUUCACCCGGAAUAUAAAUAAGUGCUAAAUAAAGUUGAUCUGCUUCUCAGUU